UCUGUCUCUCUCUGUUUGCACUGUAUACACACACAGGGGCAGGGAAAAAGGGACCGCGCAAAAAAAUAAAUAAAAAGCAGCUUCUGGGUUUUCUUUUUUAAACAUUCACGCUGCAUCAGUACGAGUGAACAGGCACCCCUACUCAUAAAAACCGGCGUUGCAUGUGCACACACUCACACACACUCUUGCAUGCACUGUCAAGAAGGAUCAACUAACAUCAGCUACUCCCGUCGCACCUGGAACACUUGAACAGAAGCUCUCAGAAGGUGGCCUUCUCUGGACGUGAGACAGAGUUUUGCCAGCUUCGCCCUGAUGUCAAACGACGAAUGCCGCUCACCCAUCGGUCUGGACUGCUGCAGCUGCUGUCUGGAUCUGGCCAAUGGCUAUGAGCCUAAGUCGGGCCGGCCAGGCCACACAAGCCUGGGCAGUCCCACUUCAAUCAACCACUUCAGACAGCUACGAGACCAGCUUCACUUUCAGAACCUCAACACAGAUAAGCUGAACAACAUCAUGAGACAGGACUCCAUGGAGUCGGUGGUCCGAGACCCGUGUUACCUGCUCAAUGAGGGCAUCUGCAACAGCAACAUUGACCAAACAAUGCUAUCCAUUCUACUAUACUUCCACAGUGCCUCUGGCGCUAGCGUUGUGGCAAUCGACAACAAGAUCGAACAAGCAAUGGAUCUCGUUAAGAAUCACUUAAUGUAUGCAGUCAGGGAGGAAGUAGAGAUCUUGAAAGAGCAGAUCAAGGAGCUGGCAGAAAAGAACAACCAGUUGGAGCGUGAGAACAGCCUGCUGAAGAAUCUGGCGAGCCCAGAGCAGCUGGAGAAGUUUCUGUCACGGCUGCCCUCAGAGUCCAGCCUCCCUCUGGAGCCCCUGGGAUCACCUGAGGAUGUCGACCGCCAGUUCAACUGCAUGGGAUCUGCUGUAUAAGUGGCUCUGCCAAGGGGCGGGCAGAGCCACAGCUCUCACCUGAAAUGGACCUCCAGAUAUGCAACUUCAAGAUGAAGCUGGCUGUAUCGCUGAAACCUGAAAAAUGAAAGCUGUACCAGUACUGAUGUACCAGUGGCCUAGUCUGUUCUGUAAUAUCCGACAAUCUCUUUGGACUGUGGACAAGAGAGAGUGAAGUAGACAUCUGAAGUUACUGUACAAUGGGACUGACCAGCCCCCUGCUUUGAGCGGGCCCAGCCUUGCUUUCCCUGGGCUCUUCUCAUGAAGAGAAGGAGAGGGCUUUGUGUGAUGGAGCUUGCCCAGAGAGUUAAGCUUUGGACCUCCACCGAAAAUGCAUCUUCGGCCUGUCCAAGUCAAGCCAAGGAAAUGUACAUCCCCAAGAAUUGCCCCCCAGUCUCACAAGGGCCCACCUGGAGUUCUCAACUCUGAUACAAGUUAUAUGGGGUCAGAUAUGGUCCCUGCCUUGUGUGACUGUGCUCACUUUCAUACCCUCCAUGUCAAUGAUCCCUAGAGCUCUAGACUUUCUUAGCUAUUGCAGUUAAGGACUUUUGAGAUGGACCUUUGUGGUCCUCUCUUCCACAGCAGGGACUUCUGUCAAAUGAUUUGUAAAGCAUUGCUAGUGUCUCCGCAGAUGGUGCCUGCUGCUUUUAUGGGGAUUUUUGCUUGUUUGUAUGUUUAAACGGAACAAAAUCAACUUGUUUAGCUAAAUGGGCAAUGUGUAAAAUGAUUUUAUUUUUAUUGAAAUGGAAAUCUUUAUACAUUUGCAUAGUUCUGUAAAUUAGCAACUGAUGUAAGUGAAAUGUUCUGAAAUAGAGGCGUGGGGUGGAUGUUUUUGCUGAGAAUGUUCUGUGGAAAUGUGUUUUUUUUUUUUUUGGACCUUCUAUGCCAACCAACUAAUUGACACACAUUUGUAUAAAGAGGGUCAUAUGUUUUUGGAUGGACUUUGUGUUUUCUAACUACCAAAGCCUAAUACUCACAAGCCAGCAGGACCAUGUGUUACUUUUCAUGGGAAAAGUAGUAGCAGUCUUUUUGAAACAUUGGUAUUGUAGCUUCAUUGUGUCCAUGGUGUUUUUUUUAACAAUGUAUGGAUGCAAAAUGCACAUUGCAAUAAACCUUAUGUUUACACUAAUACAA